AUGAAACUCCUUCUGCUGGUCACUCUCCUCACAGCAGGUGCUACUGCACACAGCAUCAGCCCUCAGCCUGUGUGGCAAUUCGACAAUGCUUUAAAGUGCACCAUCCCUUUCAUUCAACCCUUCUCAGACUUCAACUACUAUGGCUGCUAUUGUGGCUAUAUCACCUGGAACAACCGGCUGGAAAUCUUAGACAGGUGCUGCCAGACUCAGGAGCACUGCUAUGAUCAGGUCAAGAACAUGAAAAACUGCAAAUUCUUCAAAGACAAGACCUAUAACAGCUCUUACUUAUUCGCCUACUCAGGGAAUGAGAUCAUUUGCAGUGAUAAAAACACCUGUGAGGACUUCAUCUGCAACUGUGACCGCCAGGCUGCCAUCUGCUUCUUCAAGGCUCUAUGA